GUGAGUCCAAACACGAGUAGUAGCCAGUGAACCAGAGAAACCUCCGACCCCACCGCCUUCUUCUCCAGUCUUCCCCCUCACCUCACACCCGGAAAUUCGGAUCAGCACCGAGCAGCAGCACGCUGGCAGUGAGUGGGAGCCUUCCAGUGGAAGGAGUCUUCCAAUGGCGGCCACCUCCUCCUCUUUCUUCGCCCCGCCCCCCGCGGCUCUGCUUCGCCACGGCGCUUCUCCCCGUCCUACCGCCGCGGCCUCCCCCUCCUCCUCCUGGCGCUGCCACGGCCGACUCCAGCGCCCGUCUGUUCGAGUCCCCCGCCGCCGUCCAGCGACCCCAGCGGCCGCCCGACCCUUGAGGUUUUGCGGCAAUGGUGUCUAUGGGUGGCCGGCGGUGCCCAGGGGUUGGACUAAAAGGGGGCCGACAAAGGGUUUAUGCGCCGCUGGGGCACAUGACGAUGCUGUGAAUCAAGUUGGCGAGGGUGUCGACCACGACGACAACGGAGUCCGUGUUUCCAAUGAGGCCCUCCGCGCCACCAUCCGUAAGAGCAGAGAGGUGCUGGCGAUGCACAGAGAUCUACUUGAUCAGAUACCAGAAAAGAAGAAGCUCAUCUCUAUUAUUGAGGCCAGCUCCAUUCAUAAUGGGCAAGAGCCAUUCAGUGGUAGUCCCUUUUCACGCUCGGAUGCAGUUUCAGAGGGCGAAGAGAUUGGCUAUGAUCUUCAGAUGUACCUUGACAGGCGUUCACAGAAAUCCGAAAUUCGUUCAACUCAUGGAGAAUCUAUUAGUGGCCAGCAUGAAUACUAUGGAAGUUUAGAAGGCAAACUUUCCAACGCUGAUGUUAAUGGAUCAUAUAGCAAGGUCAGCUAUGUUCACUAUCUGUACAAAACUUUCUCUAGUGCUGCUCCUAACGUAUAUGAACCACAAUCUGUUAAUGGUAUGGAGCAGGAUUAUGAAAAGGGACACUCAGUUACUGAGGAAAUAAAUGACAAUUCAUCUUCUUCGGCCGCUGUAGAUGUUAUGAAUAUCAUAUUGGUAGCUGCAGAAUGUGCUCCUUGGUCGAAAACAGGUGGACUUGGGGAUGUUGCCGGAGCUUUGCCGAAGGCUUUGUCAAAGAGAGGUCAUCGUGUCAUGGCGAUAGUACCAAUGUAUGGGAACUAUGAAGAACCUCACCAAAUAGGAGAACCAAAGAGGUACCAGGUCGCAGGGCAGGAUAUGGAGGUAAAAUAUCAUCAUGCAUACAUAGAUGGCGUGGAUUUUGUGUUUAUCGACAAUCCUAUCUUCCACAAUGUUGAGAGUGAAAUUUAUGGUGGAGACCGAACAGAUAUCUUGAAACGAAUGAUCUUAUUGUGCAAAGCAGCUGUAGAGGCUCCAUGGUGUGUUCCAUGUGGUGGUUUUUGCUACGGUGAUGGAAAUCUUGUAUUCAUUGCAAAUGACUGGCACACUGCAUUACUGCCUGUUUAUUUGAAGGCUUAUUAUCGUGACAAUGGUUUCAUGAUAUAUGCCCGCUCUGUCCUUGUGAUACACAAUAUAGCACAUCAGGGCCGUGGCCCCUUGGAUGAUUUCAGUUACCUGGAUUUGCCCAGUAACUACAUGGACCUUUUCAAACAUCACGACCCAUUUGGAGGUGAUCAUCUAAACAUAUUUGCUGCUGGAAUUAAAGCUGCGGACCGUUUACUUACUGUUAGCCAUGGUUAUGCAUGGGAGCUCAAAACGCCUGAAGGUGGUUGGGGCCUUCAUGGGAUCAUUAAUGAAAGUGAUUGGAAAUUCCAAGGCAUUGUAAAUGGUAUCGAUACCACUGAUUGGAAUCCUAGGCGUGAUGUCCACCUGAAAUUGGAUGGAUACAGCAACUAUUCUCUGGAAACUGUUGAAACAGGUAAAGCACAGUGUAAAGCGGCAUUGCAGAAAGAACUUGGUCUCCCGGUUCGUGGGGAUGUUCCUGUGAUUGCUUUCAUCGGACGGCUAGACAAUCAAAAAGGUGUAGACCUGAUAGCAGAAGCAAUGCCAUGGAUAGCUGGUCAAGAUGUACAGGUAAUACUGCUGGGUACCGGGAGGCAAGACCUCGAAGACACAUUGAGGAGGCUUGAAAGCCAGCACUACGACAGAGUUAGGGGGUGGGUUGGUUUCUCUGUCAGGUUGGCUCAUCGUAUGACCGCAGGAGCUGAUAUACUGUUGAUGCCGUCAAGGUUCGAGCCUUGCGGGUUGAACCAGCUCUAUGCAAUGAUGUAUGGGACCGUGCCCGUGGUGCAUGCGGUGGGUGGCCUUCGAGACACUGUCCAGCACUACAAUCCAUAUGAGGAGGUUGGGCUUGGUUGGACUUUUGAAAAUGCGGAAGCAAACAGGAUGAUCGAUGCGCUGGGGCACUGCCUGAACACGUACAGGAACUACAAGUCUAGCUGGGAGGGACUCCGGAGGAGAGGGAUGAUGCAGGACCUGAGCUGGGACACUGCUGCUAAACGCUAUGAGGAGGUUCUUGUUGCUGCCAAGUAUCAGUGGUGACUGGGGAAUGGAUCCACGAGCCUACUGAUGGUUGUCAUUCACAGACUGGAAGACACUCUUGUGUGUUUGCCCAGUGUCCUAAGUAGAGCAUGUUGGUUGAAACUGGAAGACGAAAUCUUUCCUGUCAGAGCCCAAGUCAUUCUCAGCAAUGCAACUGUUAGCCUACUUCCUAGGCGAAAGCUGCUGAAGAGGUGUUUCUUUGGAGGAGGUUUAAGCGGCACAUAGAAGAUUCAGCGGACAGCGGACAAACAUCCUCCCUUUUGAAGGAAUUGCAAACAUGGUGCAUUUCUGAAGCAGCCUCUGUUCCCACAGGAUGAGCUCAGUUACAUGCUUUAUUUAGCUCACUAGUAUUUAGCUCAGUAGAGUACCUACCAGCUAGCUCGGGAAUCAUUGCUUGGUUUAUUUGAUUGAUUGAUAGCUGGGCUGUACAUCCCGUCUAGGAGUUUGCUGCUGGGUUGGUCAUUUCUUAGAGCAAAGUCAUGUAGAUAGACAGUUGUAGCAUGAGGUUACCUGGCUUUGAGCGUUCCAUGUAAUUAGUACGUAGUGCUAUAUUAGUUUUUCGUUUAUUCA